AUGUGGGAACCGCACCGUCAGUCCGUGCUCAGAAACAGUUUUUGGACAACACUGCCCGACCGGGCUAACUGGACCCCGCGGACACCUGGCCGGGACAUCCCGGCGCGGGUUAAAGUCGAUUACCAGCCAUUACAGGAGCGGCACCUGUCCGUGCUGCUGCCCAAACAAAAGACAAAGCCGCCCCUGCCUCCGCCACCCUGGUCCGAUGUGAGCAAAGCAGUCAGCCUGGUGAUCGAGAGACUGGGCAGCCGUGACCAGGAGGUCUAUAAGUUACACAGUCAAGGUCCACGCAGGACAGCCAAGAAAGCUUGGGAGGACUCUGUCCCACAGUGGGGACAGACAGCCGAGACGUCCGCUCAGAAUGGCAGCUCAGCCGAGGACCCUGUCAAGGAAUUGGACCAAAGUGGGGUCUCCCCUUUCCACUGGAUCUGGGAGGACUUCUCCGUGGACGAGUAUGUCCCUAAAACCAAGAGCCCCCAGGAAUCUGAAGACGAGAGGCCCCCGGGGGACGUCCCCCGGAAGGUGAAGAGAAAGAGGCGUCCCAAACGCAAGAAGAAUUUCACCACCCCAAAACCGUUCCAGAUGACCCUGAAGGAUGAACAACGGGAGAGGGAGAGGAAAUGGGAGCGGCCAGCUCUUCAGCCGACGCAGAGCGAACCGGAAAUAAGCAGCGGGAUCAUCCGCGCCAAUCCCAUGCCACGCAGCACGACUGUGCCGCUGUACCAGAGACUGCUGGAGGAAUCGCAGCAUCGCAGGACAGCCCAGCGGCAGGAGAGGAGAGACUUUCUGCUCAAGACCCAGAAGCCUUUCACCUUUGCAGAGAGGGAGGAACCAAGGAGGGACCGCGAAGGAGAAGAAGAGAUCCCAGAACAAAGCCGACACCACCGUCGCCGCCGGUCCAUGAAAGAGAUCUUGGAGAAAUCCUCCCAGCUCUCCUCCGCCAGGCCCCUGCAGCGCUCCGAAUCGGAAUUCUGGGACCCGGACGUGACGUUCCGGCCGCACAUCCACGAGAAUGUCCCGGAUUUCCCGAGGCUGCACCGGAAGUUCCAGGAGAAGCUGGACGAGGUCCGAUUGGAGAAAGCCCCCACCGUCCCCCGCCCGUUUCGGCUCCACGUCACCCGCUCCACCAGGGAGAGGAUUCUGGAGGGACUGCGGCAGGACAGGGAGCGGGAGAGGCGGGAGAGGCAGAGGCGGGAUCGCUGGAGCGGGAAGAAGGAACCGGAGAGCCGGAAAGUGACCUGGGACCUUCCUGUGAGGCUAACCAGGUCCGCACUGCUGAGAGACGCCAUCAUAAGGCAGAGGCUGGAGGAUUGGGAGGACUGGCAGAGGGCGCAGAGGGAGUGGCGGCACUGGGAGAGAGAAAGGCUGGAGCCCAUGCAGAAGAGAGUGGCUUCGGAGGUCUGUGCCAGCCAGCCCAGAGACUCCCUCGCACUGGCCUGCCAGAGGAAACGAGAGCGCUACAGGGAACAGGAGCGUGUGCGGAGCAGGGAGUACUCAGCUCAGCUGUCCGAGAUCCAGGAGCGGGUGAACAGCCGCCCCCUUCUGCUUGAGGGGGUUACGCAGAUGAACCGCGGCCUCGCUUUGGAGCGGAAUUUCAGGAAGAUUCUAGAAGACCUGGGCCUGGAGGAGGAGGAGGUGUUACCAUGGCAGCAAAGUACUGAGUAA